CGUACAGCCUUUGGUACAGUCUCAGCAAUUGGCAGCUGCUGUAGCUGCGAUAGCAGCAGUUUUGCAUUUAUACCGCUGCCCGUUAUCACCAUGCAGCAGCAGCAGGCGUUCCAAGUCUAUGCGCAGCAAAAUAAGGGCACUCUUGUUCCAGGUCAAACAAUCUCCGUGAACAAGUACACGGUCCAGGUUGAGCGGUAUCUCAGCCAAGGUGGAUUCUCUCAUGUUUACCUUGUCAGGACUCCCACUCCCGUGUAUAACACGACGCAUCAUGUUCUCAAACGCAUUGGCGUUCCUAACGAGGCCAUGCUCGCAGAGGUUAAGAAAGAAGUCGAUAUCAUGAGGAUACUGAAGGGGCACCCAAACGUGGUGCAUCUGAUUGAUGCUGCCUGGCACAAAAUGGCGAACGGCAUGUACGAAGUCUUCAUUCUCAUGGAAUUUUGUCCAGGUGGUGGGAUCAUUGACAUGAUGAACAGACGUCUGCGUGAACGUCUCACAGAAGCAGAGAUCCUCCAGAUUUUUGUAGACAUCUGUGAAGGUGUUGCUGCCAUGCAUAAUCUUCGUCCUGCCCUUCUUCAUCGUGAUCUGAAAGUGGAAAACAUUCUUCAGGCCUCCAAUAACGUCUUUAAACUCUGUGACUUUGGCUCUGCCACGCCAGUCGCGCCUCGACCGCCAUCUACCACAGCUGAGGUUAGAGCUCUCGAGGCGGACUUGAACAGACACACCACACUACAGUACAGGGCGCCUGAGAUGGUCGAUCCAUACCUCCGCCGUGCUGUUGACGAGAAAUCUGACGUCUGGGCACUCGGAGUGCUAUUGUACAAACUCUGUUAUUACACCACUCCUUUCGAAGAACACGGACCCUUAGCAAUUCUGAACGUACAGUACCGCAUCCCGCCGUAUCCCGUUUACUCGUCGCAGUUGAACACGCUGAUUGCCUCCAUGCUUCGCGAGCACGGCACACAGAGACCUACAAUAUUUGAACUUCUCGCUCAAGUACACACCAUACGAGGUACCAAAUCGGGCUUUGUCUACGACAUUCCUCCGCCUCAGCCCCUUUCCCCUCGAGCUUUACAGCCUCCUUCCACGAAUGCUCUUGACAACCUUGUAUCCUAUCGUCGAGAUACCGCCACGCAACAAGCGUCACCAGCUCAGCCCAAGACCAUGGGUACAGGCAUUCAAGCGCGUGAUAGGGUGCUGGAGGCUAUUGCACCAAUGCGUCGUGGUCGGCCACCUUAUUCGCAGCAACAGAAUGACACUGCCACUCUUUCUCCGACCUCUCGGCCUCCUAGUCCACCGAAGCUGCCGAACAGGCCCGACGGCUCGUUUGGCGCAGAGGAGGACAGGGCAUGGAAAGAGAUAAAAAAUUCUUCUGCUGCCGGGGGCAUCAGGGCUCAUAAAUCAGGCAGUGUAACUGCGAGCGUUUGGAGGCCCAAGAUAUCCGCGCCUCCCUUGGAUGAUGCAUGGAGUGUUGAGACGCGUGCGUCAAAAGUGACCUCGGACGAAGUUCCAACACCAGGGCUUAUUGCAUUUGGGGACGAUUUCGGAGACAAACUGUGGAGCGCCUUUGACGGUACUAAGGCUGGAGGAGCUGCUGUCGCGACAGAAAUGGGGCCAUCCCCGAGUUCUGGAAAAGAGCGUAUUUCAAGACUUGCUCCUCCGCCUGAGGGGUCACGUAACACAAGACUUACGAUCACGAAGAGUAAGGAUGCGUUCGAUGGUCUAGGUUUAACGCCAUCUUCAACGCCUAUACCUACUCUUGGAGAGACACGCAAGCUGAGGACUGGCCUCGCUGCGGUUAAUGGAAACAAUCGCGCAGCCAUCACUCCUACCCCGAUGAAACCAAUACCUUCACCCCGCCCUCCAGCACAGUCGACGACCACGAACGCAUCAUGGCGUUCUAGUUCAUCAAUGCAAGCCCCUGCAUCCACCCCUCCUAAGCUUCCACAAAUGGGCGAAUUUUCUGCCGAGGCACGAUUUCCUUCUGUAGAAGAGCUCGAUGCGACAUUCGGUAGAUCGACACCUCCUGUCGGCCAUCCAAGCUGGCAGCUCGAGUCGUCAGGGCAUCACAAGGAGCGCGAAAAAGUAGUUGAUUUGUCCGAACCUUUCUUUUCAUCUUCCUCGUCGCUUCAACCGACUUCUCAGCGUGGUCUGCGCUCAGAGCAGGUCACCGGGGUGGCGAUGCGUGAGUCUGAGAAGGAUAAAAUUCAGAGAUCUUUUGGACUGGAGAAUGGCGUUGGUGAAAACGCAUCGUCUUCAAAGCCCACAUCAUAUCGACCUAUCUCACGUCCUUCGCUUUCGAGGAAACAUCGCAGUAGUAUUGCCGUAAAAGCCACACCUCACGCACAACUCAUCGAUGGCUUUGAUACUCAGGAAAUCACUACGCCAGCUCCAGUGUCACGCAAACCCAAAGACUGGUUAACAGGCGAUGUUGAUGCCCUCAUCUCCCCAAUUAAGGACGGAUCUUUUGCUCAGGCUCAAGCCAGCAACCUCCCUGCGACUCCCGUUCUGCGCGAGUUUACGAACAAGCGUUCGUCGUUCAUCGAGGAGAACACAACAACUAUACAAUCGCCACAGGAAGCUGUCGCCGCUCAACAACCUCUCCAUCGAGUAAAAACACCUCCAUCGCCGUCCAGGGUGCAUACACGGGGUGUCAGUUCCAGAGAGCGGAAGCAAAGCGCCCCUACGACACCGAAGAAACCCAGAGAUUUGCCGGUGGUCGCACCCAAACCAGUAAUUGCUGCUCUUGCACUGAAGCCGAAUAUAGAGUCUCGACAGGGGAUGACAUCGCAGCCAUUGAAGCGUCCGUCGCAAGAUGACUCCGAUAGGUGGAGAGCUAUCCCUAUCUCUGAGUCACCAAAGGCAACUAAGAUGCAAGAUUCGUCAAGUGACGGGGAACAGGGACCAGAGGAUGCUGUUGGAUUUGCUUCGGGGAAAAUAGUUGAGAAGCCGGAUACAUCCCGAAGACGAAAGUCGAGGGGUCGGCAAAGUUCCGUGCACGACCUCGUCGAUCUAUGGGGAGGAGGUGUGGUGCAGACAAAAGAGCGACCAAAGGAUUCCGUUCACAGCCCUGCCGUUGCUGCAUUCAGAGAACCGGCCAGGGACUUUGGUGUGAAACUACAAAAGAGUAGAUCAAUCGCAGUAUCUUCAAUGGCGAAGCAGCGACCUGCAUCACCUCGUAUGCAGUCUCAGCCCUCAGAAUCCAAUCCUUCUCGGCGACGUUCACCAAGUCGGUCUCCCAAGCGAGUGCCAGCAUUACCUCAGACAAAGCAGGUAUCUGGCGCAUUCACCCCUUCCUCAGGUACCGUCCCCGUAUCAUCCUCUCGCGCGAGGCCGCAGUCUAUGCUUGCCUUUCCAACGGCGAAGCCUGCGCCGGACGCGAAGAUGGACACGCCGUCAAACCCUACAGGUCUAUCUGUUCCAGAAGACAACCCUCGGAAACACGGCGCUCGGCGGACCUCAAUAUCAGAUAUGGUCCAGCGCUAUGAAGCCAUCGGGGGAACGCCCAGAGGCCUAGGUCCAGGUCCGCCUGUGAUAAUGGCAACAUCGUCUGCAAGUGGUCGUGCUGUGGAUGUCACGGGCACAAGCCCAAGUUCCCCGUUAGUGUCGAGAUUCACAGCCUCGAGAUCGGGUCCUGGAGCUGAAUCGGGGAAGCCGCGACCAUCUGCAAUUGAUUUAGCCAGGGCAGCCCUCGCCAGUCAGGACCAGAGCAAGGCGGACGUGAGAUUACCCUCUGGGACAUCCAAUCGAUUCAUGCCUGCGGGACGGGCUGGGCUGGACGGUCUUCCAGCAUCGCCAUCAUUUUCUCCUCCAAAGCCCGCCAUACCUCUAGAAGAGGCACGCUCACCGUCGCCUGAUAAACCCUAUCAAGGAGUGGGAAAGCUGAUCGAUCAAUGGCAGCGUAAAACGGAGGUUGAUUCAUCUCGGCCCUCUACCCCUCGUAGAGGUGGUUAUGUCCAAAAACGAGCUGGUCUCGACAAUUGAAUCACGUUCAUUUACUUGACCUUUAAUAUAUUUGCUCUCGUCUGGUCGC